GUUCUGUUGGUGAGGAAUGAUAUUCAGUCCCUUGCGAGGGGGGACAUAGAACCUGGGGAUGUAGAGUCAGUAUGGAUAGAACUGAGAAAUUCUAAGGGUAGAAAGACCCUAAUGGGAGUUAUCUACAGGCCCCCAAACAGCAGUCUGGAUGCAGGGUGUAAGUUGAAUGAAGAGUUAAAAUUGGCAUGUCACAAAGGUAAUGAUACAGUUGUCAUGGGGGAUUUCAACAUGCAGGUAGACUGGGAGAAUCAGGAUGGUACUGGACCCCAAGAAAGGGAGUUUGUGGAGUGCCUCCGAGAUGGAUUCUUAGAACAGCUUGUACUGGAGCCUACCAGGGAGAAGGCAAUUCUAGAUUUAGUGUUGUGCAAUGAACCGGAUUUGAUCAGGGACCUCGAGGUAAAGAAACCAUUAGGAGGUAGUGACCAUAAUAUAUGUUUGAACCUACAAUUUGAGAAGGAGAAGGGAAAAUCGGAUGUGUCAAUAUUACAGUUGAACAUAGGGAACUAUGGAGCUAUGAGGGAGGAGCUGGCCAAAGUUCAACGGAACAAAACCCUAGCAGGGAAGACAGUGGAACAACAAUGGCAGGUGUUUCUGGGAAUAAUGCAGAAGGUGCAGGAUCAGUUCAUUCCAAAGAGGAAGAAAGAUCCUAAGGGGAGUAAGGGGCGGCCGUGGCUGACGGGGGAAGUAAAGGGCAGUAUAAAAAUAAAAGAGAAGUAUAACAUAGCAAAGAUGAGCGGGAAACCGGAGGACUGGGAAGCUUUUAAAGAGCAACAGAAGAUAACAAAAAAGGCAAUACGCCAAGAAAAAAUGAGGAACGAAGGUAAACUAGCCAAGAAUAUGAAGGAGGAUAGUAAAAGCUUCUUUAGGUAUGUGAAUAGCAAAAAAAAUAGUUAAGACCAAAAUUGGGCCAUUGAAGACAGAAACGGGUGAAUUUAUUAUGGGGAACAAGGAAAUGGCAGACGAGUUGAACAGGUACUUUGGAUCUGUCUUCACUAGGGAAGACACAAACAAUCUCCCAGAUGUAAUAGUGGCCAAAGGAACUAGGGUAAAGGAUGAACUGAAGGAAAUUUAUAUUAGGCAAGAAAUGGUGUUGGAUAGACUGUUGAGUCUGAAGGCUGAUAAGUCCCCAGGACCUGAUGGUCUGCAUCCCAGGGUACUUAAAGAGGUUGCUCUAGAAAUCAUGGACGCAUUGGUAAUCAUUUUCCAAUGUUCUAUAGAUUCAGGAACAGUUCCUGCUGAUUGGAGGGUGGCUAAUGUUGUCCCACUUUUCAAGAAAGGAGGGAGAGAGAAAACAGGGAAUUAUAGACUGGUUAGCCUGACGUCAGUGGAGGGAGAGAGAAAACAGGGAAUUAUAGACUGGUUAGCC